AUGUCGGACCUCAAGGCCAUCCGCCAGGAACCUCCCGAGGGAUGCAGCGCGAGUCCGCAGAGCGAUGAGAAUCUCUUCGUGUGGAGCGCCACCAUCUUCGGCCCGGAUGAGUCACCCUGGGAAGGCGGAAUUUUCUCCCUGCGCCUGAUAUUCAGCGAGCAAUACCCGGAGAAGCCACCGCGUGUGCGAUUCACAUCCGAGGUCUUCCACCCCAACGUGUACAACGACGGCACACUGUGCAUGGACAUCAUCCAGGACGCGUGGUCGCCGUGCCACAACAUCUGCACCAUUCUCACAUCCAUUCAGUCACUUUUGACUGACCCCAACCCUUCCAGUCCAGCCAAUCCCGAAGCAGCACAACUGCUAUCCUCCGACCUUGUUGCUUACAACAGGAGAGUGCGUCAAUGCGUGCGGAAAUCGCUAGACAACAUUCAAUGA